AGUGAAAAAGCAAAGAUUCGCCAAUGGCAUAGCUCAACUGUUUGCUCCAUUUUGCUUUAGUAGCCAAAUAAUGCCAGUGCUUCUCGCUCACUCAUCUAUCCACUCCUCUCUUCACUUUUAGCCGCUCAAAACCACCGUCGCAGCCACCCUUCCUCCGCCGCGAGCUCAGCCACCCUCAUCAAACAACAUGUUUUCUUCUGGGUUGACUUGAAAAUCUGUCUUUUUCUCUGAAAAUCCCCAAUUUUAUAGAUUGGAAAUCAGGUAAUUCUUGACUUAUUCAUCUCUUGUUCACACUGUGUCUAUUUUUAAUUGAUUAUUAAUUAGUUAAUUACUACUAUGUUUAUGCGUAAAUUGCCGCAAAAUACAUAAAAUUUAGACGGAUUUUGAUUUUGCUCGCAAUCUUUAAAAUUUGAAAUAAAAUACACUAAAUUUUAAUUUUUUUCUGAAAAAUAGGCUUUGAUAUAGAUAGAAUUACCCGAGUAAGAGAUGUUUAAUUCGAGCUUCUUUUAGUCUUUAUGAAGGAUUUAAUUGGACUCUCAGGAAACUAGAUUUUGGUUUUGAAUAAUGACAGAAUUUGACGAAAAGAUGGGUUUUUUUGGGUCCAUGAAUGAAUAAUUUUAAAGAUCAUUUGGCAGGGGAUUCGAACUUAACAAAUAUAUACAAAAUAAAAUUAAUAUUAAAUUUUCGAUUUAAAAAAAAAUAAAAAAAAAUUAGCUAGUUUUAAAAUUUUGUUCACAUUGUAGCUGUCUUUAUUUUUAAUUAACUAAAUCCUUUUUUAUUUUGAGACAAAAAUUUUAAAUUAAUCGAUUUUUAUAUAUUUGACCAUUUUAUAUAUGAACAUAUUAUGUCCAAAUAGCAAUCUUGAUACCUUUAACCUCAAACAUUAAUUAUAUUCUACUAUUAGAUCAAUACACAUAUAAACUAAUUAGUGCAGUGACGACUUCUGUAUCAAAUUCAAGAAUGGCUGAUGAUAAAAAGGGUGCUACAUUUUCGUUGAAAGUGAUGAUCAAUAAAGAGAGAACUAAGGUACUCUUUGCAGACUCCGACAGCCAUUUUGCAGACAUUUUGUUAAGCUUCUUGAGUUUGCCAUUGGGAAGAAUUGUGAAAGUCCUCGAGAAGCACUAUGGAGACGAGGCGCCUUCCAUUGGUAGCUUAAGCAGUUUAUACCGUAGCUUAGUAAAUCUCGACAGUUCCUACUUCUGGACUGAUGGAGCUAAGCAGACUCUGCUUGAUCCAACAAGUUCAUUGGAACAUGAAUACGGGAGGCUGAAACUCGACAUCACUGAUUUUCAGCCUGCUGAAUAUUUCUAUUGUAUCGGUCUCUAUCAGUGCUCUUAUAGAUUUCGUAGCGUAAGCAUCUACUAUGAUCAUGUUAAGAAGUGCAAAUUUGGCUUAUGUGGUGGUACUAUGAAAAUAGAAGUAGUUAAGAAAGGAUCUGAAGCUGCUGCAUCUAGAGAUGGAGUUUUCACCAUGAAUACAUCAUCUUUCUUAAUCUCUGAUGAUCUCCACAUAUUUCCAAGUGAGACAGGACUCUUAGGCGUCAUUAGCUUUCUUGGCAUUACAGACAUGGAUAACGCCGAGCAAAUCAAGGUGGAUUUGGGCUUCACUGAGAUUAUGAAUUUGUUGAAGGCUUCCUUGACGUCCCCAACUCCAUUGUCGGACAUCAUCCUAAAUAAAACAACACAGCUGAUUUACUCUAAAUUCAUGGUGACUCAACCACACACUACAGAGGAAGAGAAUCCAAACAACUCGAGGAAUUUAAGUUUGAAAGUGAUGAUACAACAAUCUACUGCACACUGCAUUUUCCCCCUCGCUGAAGAAUGCUUGCCUGCUGAGUACAAUGAUUAUCUGAACUCGUCUUCGGUUAAGUUUCCCAAUGGGCAGGGAAGUUAUCUAAAAGGAUCCCCAACUUAUCACGUGGCGGAUGAUUUAACUGUUACGCCUUUCUGCUUUGCCUCGACACUUUCCUCUCUUAAAGAGCAGAAAAUCUCGAUAUCUGAUGUCAAAGAAGUGGAGAUGCAAAUUGGGUUGAAAGAGGCUUUGAGCAUACUGAAAGCCUCUCUUACUUCUACUACUGCUCUCACUGAUGCUCUGAUGAUUCGCAAAUCACUCAAACAGCCAAAGAGAGAAGUGUGAUCCAUGCUUCCUGUAUAUAUGUUGCAAGUAUUGGCUUAUAUGUUAUAUUAAUAGUUAUGGUGCUUCAUUUUUAUUUUAAUUAUGAAUCUUGAUUUUCCAUUCGUUUGGUUCUUUUUUCAAUAUGCAAACACUAUCUUGGUUGUCAGAAAUAAUUUUUGGAAUAGAAACAUGAAUUUCUUGAAA